CUUCCACCAACUCCGAUCCGCCACUAACUCCGUCGGAGUUGAGAAGCAAACUUAUACAAAGUCGAUUCCCGUCUUACGAGACUCCUCGUUGUAAAAUUUGGCAUCAUAGUCCGUUGGGAUACGGAUUUCGGAGAAUGCAUUGCUAAACGGGCAGUAAAAUAGCACCCGCGAGUUGUGACGCUGUUGUGUUGAUAUCAAUCACCUCAACUCCGUUGGGCUCAAGCGGCUGCUCGUAUGCUCGUAUUGAUAGCGCAAUGGAGCUCAAUAAUUCGUCAGAAGGGCUUGGGAUAAGCUCGCACAGGGGGGAGGGUGUGGCGGAGCACGUGCUUGCGAAUGCGCCAUAUGGAAAGGCUUGUCUCAACUGCGUGAGGAGUAAAACUAGGUGUGCUGUGCUACCAAGUGGACCGAAAUGUGAGAGGUGUUUACGUCUCAACAAGGACUGCCAACCGGCACCGACGAUUCGUAAAAGGAAGGUGGCCAAGAGAUCAAAACCAUCAACAGCCUCAGUAGCUAGCAAGACGGCAGCAUUGGAAGAAAAACUCGAUGAUCUUACCCUGAUUCUCCAACGUUCUCAGGCAGCUCAAACCGCCCCUUCCUCUCUCACAUCCCGCUCCGUGACGAGUGAAUCGUCGAGUCAGUUGGAAAAUGGGAAUUUCGGUCAACCCAAUAACCCUAUUCUUGGUGGGAAUGUAAAUGGAACUGGCGCUGCAACCGCUACGAACCAUGGAUUAAAUGUGCAACAGGGGGGACCUGGGCUUGGUAAUUUUUUCAACUACGGAAAGUUGAAUAGUAAGCCGAGCGAAUCGACUGGAGCUCAGGGCGACACUCUUUGCUCUCAAUACGCACCGCCUACGCCAUCAGAAUCCAGCUCCUCCACGUCCAAUCGUGGACCUUGUAUUACACAAUACUUUAGGGACAAUGAUCCAGCCAUUAGCUGCUCAGCCCAAAAAGCAAACGACACGCCCCCGUCCUUUCCAACGAACGGCGAACUUGAAGAUAUUGCUGAGUUAGAAAUGACUCUAGAGACCUACCGUACAAAAAUGGCUCCUUUUUUCCCACUGGUAAUAAUCGACAAAAAUGUAACGGCUAGAGAGUUGAUGGAAGAACGACCUUUCUUGAGUUUAGUUAUCCGGGCAAUUUGCCCCAAGAGUACAGCUAGGCAAGCUGAAUUAGGCCUCGAAAUUAGACGAGUCCUGGGGAGGGAAAUGCUUAUCGAGGGUGCUAAAAACAUGGACCUCCUCUCAGGGCUGUUAAUUUUUUCUGCGUGGGGUCAUUUUUACCUCUACAACAAACCUAUAAUAUCGACGGUCAUCCACCUUGCAACAUCGGUAGCCUUCGACCUUGCCCUCACGAAACCAGUUCCAACUGAGCCGGCGCUCAUAAUGCUAGCUUACAAUGCACAGGGGUGCCCGAAGAAUGCAACUGUUGCCGUUAGGACUAUGGAAGAGAGGCGAUCUGUUAUUGGGCUCUUUUUGGUUAGUUCAGUAUGUUCCUGCUAUUUCCAGAGAAUUGAGCCUCUACGAUGGGUACCAUACUUUGAGGAGUGUCUGCAACUACUGGAGAAGACGAGAGAGCAUCCGACAGAUAUCCUACUGGUUUUCUUUACUCGGCUACAAUUGAUCAAAAACGCCAUAUAUCGCGACAUGAGUGAUAAUCUUCAUGGCGGAAUAGCCAGUCCACCGAGCGAAAUAUAUUUCAAGUCACUCCAGUCACAAUUAGAGGAACUAAAGCGGAAUAUCCCCCCUGAAUUAGAUGGCAACAUCAGCGUACAACUUCACCUUCACCACGCGGUCCUCACUUUACACGAACAUUGCCUCGGCACCUGCUCAACCAAGGCUGGCCCUCCAGAUCCCUCUAAAACACUUCAGCUUGCCAAGAGCCUCUGGACCUGCCUUGACGCUACCAAAUCUUGGUUUGCGCUUUUCGUAUCCGCUGAAAUUGUACCACUCUCAAGCUAUGCUGAAAUGCCCAUGGCGUUAAUGGCGCAAAUGGCACAUUUCCUUGUAGCGCUGUACCGCCUAAGUACCUUCGAGUGCCCUGGUGUGUCUUGGGACCGACAACUUGUACGGCAGGAAGUUGAUCUAGGGGUGAUGAUAAAUCUUCUGACCGAGAAAUGGGGCCAGGUCCCUGCAGCGGCAGGGAUUGACACUACUGGUCCGGGUGUUCAUAAUAUUUGGAUGUUAACAAACAGGAUGUUGGGAAAGAUUGCACAUUGGUGGGAAAUGAAAGUCGUAACUCCAGCCGCAGCCGCAGCCGCAGCCGACGCUGAGAGCCGGCUAGGCGGUCAAAAUCUUACAAUUGGACAUGAGAAUUCCGGUGGGAAUGAGGGUCUUCACGGAUUUGCCGCUCAGGGGCAGCUUCCGAUGCAGGACAUCGAUUUCGGGGCGACUAAUAUGGAUUUGUUGGACGACGUUUGGAUGAGAGAUCUUCUUGCGGGGGAUUUUCCAUAUCAGCUGGACUUCUGAUAUGGAGAUUCUGGAAGGAUAAAUGCGGAUUAUAUGGUUGGGUUUAUCAGGGAUGGGCAUAAUUAGAGGUGGAAUUUUAGGGUUUGGCGUUGGUGAUUUAACACAAAAAUCACGACAUACGGCAUGUUGAUAAACCCUUAUGGGAGCUGCCCUUGCUUGGUUUAUAACCUGCUGGGACAUAACUGAUAUAUAAUUGAUGAUUUGCUCACAUUGGAAUGAUUAGAGGGAUUGAGUGGAUGAAUUGGUUCCGAGCGGAGUUUGAAAGGGGUGGAGUGGAGUUAAUAUAGGAUCUCGGGCCCGAACCCCGACGGAUUCCGCUGGUUUAGGCAGCCUCGUCAUCAUCGGAUUUUAGAUUGUUGGAGAUGGUCGCGACCGGCGUUAAAAUUUAUAUGCGAGA